AUGCAGCAGCCGUUUAAUGACUACACGCGUUCUCCGAAAAGUUCAACAAAGGCUGGUAAAAAGUUUGAGGAGCUUGUUAUGGAGGUGACCGCAGAGGUGGAUGGUGCCGAUAUGGUAGUCGCUGAAAAUGUGGUCGUUGAGAACUCGCCGCAAAGAGCGCCAAAGAAACCACCAUUUACGUAUACAGAACUCAUCGAAUACGCCCUCGAAGAUAAGGGUGAACUAACGGUUUCUGGAAUAUAUCAAUGGAUAUCUGAUCGGUUUCCAUACUACAAAUCGAACGAUGAUCGUUGGAAGAAUUCAGUGCGACAUAACCUCUCCAUCAAUCCGCAUUUCCGCAAAGGUCACAAAGCGCCACAAGGAGCUGGCCACCUGUGGACAAUAUCCAGUGGAGACUCAGCAGAAAAUGUGCUAGCAUGGGAACAUAAGAAGCAGCGACUGGACUUAUUCUUCAAAAUGGAGUCCAUGAAUCGUGAACGCCUACAGCAGCAUCAACAACAAAUGCAGCAGCGGCAAAGUUGCACCUCACCACAUCCGGAUUGCCAACAAAUGCAGCAGCAGCAGCAGCAGCAACAGCAACAACAACAAGGACCCCAGCAACAAUGCGUCUAUGAUGAAGCCGCAACAGCAGCCGCCACAAUUACACGAGAAAUGCUCAACAGCAGCAGCAACGAAGAGACUUGCGGGCAGAGAUGCAACACAGCUACGGACAACAACAAUCACCGACUAGAGAGCACAUCGUUGGUGCAUGAAUUGCCAUUCAACGAUCUGAUGAGCGACGAAGAGCUCCGCAAAACGGCUGGACAAAUUCUAAAUGGCAUACAUCGCGAGGUAGAGGUGCAAUCGGUGAACUCAAUUAUUAGUACCUAUCACGAUGUGCUGCUGGAUAAUGAUUACCUAAAUCCCAUCCACAAGGAUGUCGCUGUGCAUGAGAGUGGUCUACGUAGCACGAAUGCAACACAUCUUCCAGCCGCUACAUAUACAAAUUCCCAUAAUUCGAGCUCCCAGUAUUAUGUCACCGAAAUCGAUCCACUCGAACUGGGCAUACAAAUGUCACAUCAAGUGGGUGCGGAGGAGGUGCUCUUCAGCGAUGAAUUCAAUUUGAAUUACUUUGGUUACAAUGGCGCCAAUGAUAUUGUUGCCUGACCGCCAGCAUCGUCAAGAAUGACAAAUGGCAUAGCGUCUGUAAUCAGUGUAACCGCAGUUGCAGGACGUUUGAGUUCGAUUACGUCGUUGGAAAGUGGGUCAUUG